UUAAGAUUAUUCGUUUUAUUGGAAAUUCGAAUGCAUAUAAAAAGAUGCACAGAAGAAUGAUGAAAGCAUAUCCUCAUCAGCUGCAGCUGUUGCAACACAUUAUCCUGAGAUGUAUCCCCUGUCAUUCAAGAAGAUAUGGCACGGCUGUUGUCAGAGAUAUACUGAAGCUUCACAAGCGAGGGGUAUUUCACCACAUGAUGCCGGAACUAAGAGUUCCUGAUUUGGCAAAGAAGCUAUCCUCCCCACAAACAGUGUACUGUGGCUUUGACCCCACAGCUGACAGCUUGCACAUUGGCAACCUCCUUGCAAUAAUAACUCUUAUUCACUGCCAAAGGGCGGGACACUCGCCAAUAGCAUUAGUUGGAGGAGCCACUGGUAAGAUUGGAGACCCCAGCGGUAAAAACACUGAGCGACCCAGGCUUGACGAUGACAUCAUUGAGAAAAAUGUUAGGGGCAUCAUGGAGAACUUGGAAAGAAUUUUCACUAACCAUGCUGUUUAUUUGUGGAAUGACUAUCGUGAACUGAAGGAUGUUCGAUUGUUGAACAAUAUAUCUUGGUAUCGAGAAAUGAAUAUUUUAGAUUUCUUAAACAACAUUGGAAGACACUUUAGAAUGACUACUAUGCUCAAGAAAGAGUGUGUGAGUUCGAGACUGAGUACCAAGGAGGGACUGUCCUUCACAGAGUUUGCUUAUCAGACAUUUCAGGCGUAUGACUGGGUUCAUCUACUGAAGACAUAUGAUUGUUGUAUACAGAUUGGAGGCAAUGACCAGCAAGGAAACAUCACAGCUGGACUUGAACUUAUUGAGAAGAUGUUGCGACAGGAUGCAUACGGUUUGACCAUUCCUCUUGUAACCUCGUCAACUGGUCAAAAGGUGGGCAAGUCAGAGGGCAAUGCUGUGUGGCUGGACCCCAGGAAGACCACACCGUAUGAGUUGUAUCAGUACUUCUAUAACGUGGCUGAUGCAGAUUUAAGCCAAUACAUGAGAUGGUUUACCUUCCUCCCUGAAGAAGAUAUUGACAGAUUAUUAAGGGACCAUAAGAUGGAACCUGAAAAGAGGAAGCCACAGAGACUGCUGGCAGAAAAGGUCUUGGUGUUAGUUCAUGGAGAGGCUGGUUUGCUAGAGGCUCAGCGAUGGACGGAGGCGUUCUUCAGCCCCUCCCCUGAGUCUCUGCUCCACCUGUCAGACUCAGACAUGCAGCGUCUCUUCACCUCUGCCCCCACCACAGACUUGCUGCUCGACCACGGGACCACCGUGCUGGAUGUCCUCAUCAAGACCAAAGCCUUUGAUCGCCAAGUCGAUGCUGACAAAGUGGUGCGAGAGGGUGGGGUUUACAUCAACAAGGUCAGGGUCACUGAUCCAGGCGCGGUCCUGGUGCUGGGGGAGCACAUCCUGCCUAACAACAUCACCCUCCUGAGAAUAGGAAAGAAGCGCUACCAUAUUGUGAGAUGGGUUACUCCAAGCUGAGACUUUAGACAUUUAUGUUGUACUUUUAAUGAGAGACAUGUUUCAUUUGUUUAUACCGUAUUGCCAAUCCAAAUAAAUGUAGCACAUGU